AUGUCUCCGAAAGUAAGUACCAAAAAUAAAGGUUGGCAGGACCGGAAGCCGGUACCGACCACACUCGAAGCAGUCAUUAAUGGAUCCGUAAGUAGUUGCUUCCUUGAUGAGAUGUGCACUUCCAGUACACGCAACACUGUUCGGGUGCCCACAGUAACAGAUAAUACUCAGAAACAACAGAAUCAAACAUAUAAAUAUACACUGAAAGAUUCACAAACUCUGAAUGGUCUCGUCCAGUACAAUGUGGCCGGCAAGAAGUGGAGCCUGCGGCACCUCCAAGGCGCCUACCGAUGA